AUGUUUUCGAGGGUCACAAGGGCGUACACGCUGUUUAGUGCGAGGGAAUCGAUACUGUUAAGAACCCGCGGUUCGUUGCGUGCCACUAAUGGCCGCAGUAUCACAACCGAGACAGCGAAGCGGACGGUGAAGCAGGAUGUCAAAGGUAUCAAGAAGUUGAUGACGCAGUACGGAUACUCUGCGUUGAUAGUUUACAUUGGUAUUACGUUUAUCAGUUUACCGUUGUGUUUCUUCACAGUCCAUUCGUUUGGUGAGGAGAGGAUGUCUCUGUACUUGAACAAAGCGAAGCGGGUGUUUGGGUACGGUGAACCUGACGAGCAGAGAGUGAUUGACCGCGUCAGGGCAAAGAAGUUGGCCCGACUGGAGAUAGCAGAGGACGACACCUGGUGGACGAAGCUGAAACGAUCGCCGAUUCUGGCCGAGUUCCUCAUUGCCUACGGCCUGCACAAGUCCCUCGUGUUUGUCAGGAUACCAGCAACCGCGGCCAUCACGCCGAGCAUGGCAAGAGUGCUGAGACGGGCAGGGUUUACGCGGCUAACAGGCGGUGCCGCACCCGCGGCCGCGGGUGCGGCCUCACGCUCAACACUGAGCCCCAACGGCGUCGACAUAGCAAGACAGAAGACCACCAAGGGCGAGAAGUGGUUCAAUGGGCUGUUUUAA